AUGCGUUCCGAUCAAUUCUCACCGAUGCUUGUGAUGCAGCGAGCUAACGCAAUCAUUAGAAAACGACGCAUCCGUUGCGAUGAGGGGAAGCCAUCCUGUCUAAAUUGCGGCAAAUCAAAGCGAACUUGCGAAGGAUACGCACCAAAGUCCACGGGAAAUGAACGUAGAUUGCAGGAAUACCGCCCACUGCUCAUUCGACCCAACUACGAGAUGUACAUGUUCACUGCACAACUCGAGAAAGAUCAAUUCGAGUAUUGGAUGACAUUCAGCAAGCAGUUUACUCUGUUUCCGUCGGAUCUCAUCACACAGCUCAUACCACAAAUUGCCCGUGAAGAGCCGGCCAUCAGACACGCAGCGUUUGCCAUUGGCGCAGUCACUUUGGGCAGCGAUAGUCGCCUACAACGCACCGGUGGCGCGGGUCCAUUCAUGAAGGAUGCUUUGCAACAUUAUGGAAGAGCCAUUCACAUCAUUCGAUCCAGCGCAUCAUCAAAGAGAAGUAUCGCUCGUGCUCUCCUCUCCUGUAUUCUCUUCGUCGCCUUCGAAGCCAUACAGGGCAACCAUCUAGCUGCGCUCACCCAUAUAAAUCAUGGAUGCAGUAUGCUAGAUCAAGUGAUGAAACAGGGCGUGAGUGGAGAAUGCCCUCCAAAGCUGAUUGAUGAGGUUAUCUCGGGAUUCCAGCGCUUCACCUUGUCAUCAUGGACCAUGAAUGGAUAUCACCCGACUGAGACUGAGACCUGGGUGCCUUGGUGCUGCCGCGGAAGAAGAAGUCGCUAUGCAGUCGACGAGCUGCCAAAGAGCUUUGCAACGCUUUCAGAGGCUCAUCGGUGGUGGGAGGUCAUCCAACACUUCAUUAUAUAUCAAACAAAGAUGCAUUCAGCAUUGCAUUUUGAAGACCUCGGGACUCCUUCAAACCUGACAAAGAUCCCGAAACAUCAGGUGAAGAGAUACAUGGGCAUCCUCGACCGGUGGCACGUCCGAUUCGAGGCGUUAUCAAUCACAAGGUCUCCGACAGAGGCAGUGCACAAUGAUCGAGCAAGCCUACAAAAGUUGAGCCUUCAGCUUUUAUACAAGUCACUCGUCAUUUCUGUGAAGAGCUCUCAAUACACAAACACAGAAGUCCUAGUCGAGUCGACAGAGGAAUUUAGUGAGAUACUCGCUAUGAGUAGGAUCGUUCUCGAGGGACAAUCAAAUAUGGACCCAUCCAGGGAGGUUUUUACUAUGGAAACCAGCCCGAGCUGGGCCAUUCUUUCUGCGAGCAUCUAUUGUGUCGAUGCAGACGUUAGAAAAGAGGCUCACCGUCUGCUCAAGGACUUUCCCCGCCGGGAUGGCAUUUGGGAUACCAAAUUGUUCGCCGCCAUUUCAAAGACCAGCCAAGACCUCCGUGCAGAAAACGACUGGAGAGUCGACGAUCAUGCUGGUGCAGUUCUGGUCAAUAAAGAGGUUGUUCUAUACAAGGAUGAGGUGUUUAGGAGGAAGUAUGAGCUAGCAGACGGCCAGUGGCGGAUUGUGGAAGAGCAAAGGAUACCAGUUGGUUUAGAGUGA